AUGGGCAAGAAGCACAAGAAGCACAAGUCGGACAAACACCUCUACGAAGAGUAUGUAGAGAAGCCCUUGAAGCUGGUGCUCAAAGUGGGAGGCAAUGAAGUCACCGAACUCUCCACGGGCAGCUCGGGGCACGACUCAAGCCUCUUUGAAGACAAAAACGAUCAUGACAAACACAAGGACAGAAAGCGGAAGAAGAGAAAGAAAGGAGAGAAACAGGUUCCAGGGGAAGAAAAAGGAAGAAAACGAAGACGAGUGAAGGAAGAUAAAAGGAAGCGAGAUCGAGACCGUGUGGAGAAUGAGGCAGAAAAGGACCUCCAGUGUCAGGCCCCUGUGAGACUAGACUUGCCUCCUGAGAAGCCUCUUGCAAGCUCGUUAGCCAAGCAAGAAGAAGUGGAACAGACACCCCUUCAAGAAGCUUUGAAUCAACUGAUGAGGCAAUUGCAAAGAAAAGACCCAAGUGCUUUCUUUUCAUUUCCUGUGACUGAUUUUAUUGCUCCCGGCUACUCCAUGAUCAUAAAACACCCAAUGGAUUUUAGUACCAUGAAAGAAAAGAUCAAGAACAAUGACUAUCAGUCCAUAGAAGAACUAAAGGAUAAUUUCAAACUAAUGUGCACUAAUGCCAUGAUUUACAACAAGCCAGAGACCAUUUAUUACAAAGCUGCAAAGAAGCUGUUACACUCAGGGAUGAAAAUUCUUAGCCAGGAAAGAAUUCAGAGCCUGAAGCAGAGCAUAGAAUUCAUGGCAGACUUGCAGAAAACUCGAAAGCAGAAAGAUCAAGCAGACACCUCACAGAGUGGGGAGGACAACUGCUGCUGGCCCAGGGAGAAGGAGGACUGUGGAGCUGCUGAGGCCCAGGCGUUCAAAAGCCCCAACAAGGAAAACAAAAAGAAAGACAAAGAUCCAAGUGAAGAUAAAUUUAAAAGCAAUACUUUAGAUAGAGAACAGGAGCAGAUCGACCGCAUUGUGAGAGAGUCUGGAGGGAAGCUGAGCAGACGGCUUGUGAACAGUCGGUGUGAAUUUGAAAGAAGAAAGCCAGAUGGGACAACCACCUUGGGGCUUCUCCAUCCUGUGGACCCUGUUGUAGGAGAACCAGGCUACUGCCCUGUGAGACUGGGAAUGACUACUGGAAGACUUCAGUCUGGGGUGAAUACUUUGCAGGGAUUCAAAGAGGAUAAAAGGAACAGAGUGACUCCAGUGUUAUACUUGAAUUAUGGACCAUACAGCUCUUACGCACCACAUUAUGACUCCACAUUUGCAAAUAUCAGCAAGGAUGAUUCUGACUUAAUCUAUUCAACCUAUGGGGAAGACUCUGAUCUUCCAAGCGAUUUCAGCAUCCAUGAGUUUUUGGCCACAUGUCAAGAUUACCCAUACGUUAUGGCAGAUAGUUUAUUGGAUGCUUUAACAAAAGGAGGGCAUUCUAGGACCCUACAGGAGUUGGAGACGUCAUCAGCUGAAGAUGAAGCCCAGACUAAAACACGGGACACCACAAGGGACAUGGAGCUUACAGAAAUAGAGUCGGCAGAGCACUUGGACUGCAGCAACCAGGACAGGCUCGCAGCAUUGAAAGCCGUCAUAAGCUUUGGCGCUCCAGUUGAGGUUUUUGACUGCGAAGAAGCUGAAGUGUUCCAGAGGAAACUUGAUGAGACAACCAAAUUGCUGAGGGAGCUCCAGGAAGCCCAGAAUGAACGUCUGAGCACCAGACCCCCUCCCAACAUGAUCUGUCUCUUGGGUCCCUCAUACAGAGAAGUGCAUCUUGCUGAACAAGUGACCAAUAAUCUCAAAGAACUUGCACAGCAAGUUACUCCUGGUGAUAUUGUCAGCACAUACGGAGUUAGAAAAGCCAUGGGGAUUUCCAUUCCUAACCCCAUCAUGGCAAACAGCUUUGUAGAUUUAACAGAAGAUUUAGAUUUUAAAGAACCUAAUAAAGAACCUAACAAGACUGGUGUUGCUGAAUGUGGACCUGAUGGGAUUUGA